AUGGACGUGCCAAUCGAGCUGACACCACCCGAUCUCAGACAUACUUCAUUCUCACUGUUUGGCCACCAGCAGCAGACAGGCCUAGGCAAGAGCGACACAGCCCUCGUCAACGCGAAGCGGCACGACAAGGCCUUGGCGGGAGUGUUCGACAUCAAGACCCGUCACGCUAGCGAGUCUAACGAGUCGAGACGCGCUUCCGCGGCGCAAUUAUGGACGAAGAUCCAGCACCAAGAUGUCGGGCGUGCGAUACGCACUAUGGAUCGAGAUCCGGGCGAACGUCUUGGUAACCGUCGGGAUCGUGUAAAGGCGCAUCACGAGGUCGAGUUUCCGACCGGACCCAUCCCGUGCGUCAUCCGCACUGGCACGGAGGGGAGCAGCAGUCUGCGCGACCCUGCCUGUGCACAGAAAAAGGCUGUCUGGCCCUCGGCAAGCGUGUGUCUUGCGAGGUUUGUCACGACAUCCACCCUGACGUUCUGUCUCACAGGCCGCUCGGUAGAGAUGACCAACGGUCGGCACAUGAAUAUCAUGGAAUUUCGUGCCCAGCGGCUAGUCUUCAAGCGACACUCGAAACACACCUCCGAAAAAUUCUGGUUUAGCAAUCCGGGGCACGACGCGCUCGAGACGAGACAUGGCCUCCGCAAGAGAUCAAAGGUCCAUUAUGCCUCUGACGCCCACUGCAACACGCCCAGCACCUCGGCGCGCUGGCGCGCGCCCCGCCAAGUCUCAGCGUCGACUCCAAGCACGGAAUUGCCGUGA